AAAUAUCAAUCAAAUAUUUAUUAAAAGUGUUUUUUUCAUUAAUUAAUUUUAAUAUAAAUAAAUUAAUUAAUUAUUAUUUUUAUUGAAGACAUUUGUCACCAAAUAGUCAUUGUUUGUCAAAAAAAAAAUAUUGUGAGCAGUGAUGGACUCAAUAGUAUCGAUACCCAUAAGUGAUGAAACCGGUGGUCAGUCAUUGUUGGCGGCGGUCAAAGAUAUGGAGAAGGAUAAGGACCGGGAGGUCGCCAUUCAGGCUCAGGUCGAGUACGAAAACGGCAAUAACAGUCUGGUUCUGGAUCUGUUGGAAACGUUGGGCACCAAUAAAGCCAUUCAACACAACCGACUCAUUACUCAGUUCGCAAACGACCAAAAUGUUGACACACUUUUGGAUGGACUCAUCACCAGUGAAGAUAUGGAUGUUGACCAACACGUACUUAUUGACUAUAAUCGGGCAUUAGUUUUGGCCAAAUAUUUGCACCGAUACGAUGAGGCCAUCGAUUUGCUCGAACAGAGAAGAAAUCUCUUUACCAAUGAUUCGAUGUUCGGCUUCGUAGACGACAAGCUGGCCAUCAAAGUGUGUCAUCUGUUAGUCAUCCUAUAUCUCGAACGACGUAAAGACCCGAACAAAGCGUUACCACUGUUGCAGACAAUUACAGAUAAAAGUGACUCGAGUUCUGUACCAAAUAAUUUGCAACAAUUGAAAGCCAAAUGUUAUCUACAGUUAGGGUCCGUAAAGACCGCCAAACGCGAGCUUAAGUCAGUGGGAGGACAGACACUACUUCGGUCUUAUCUGGAGUUUCAAAGACAAAACUAUAAGAAAGCAAUGAAAGUGUUUCAGACGUGUACUGACUCUCAAAAUCCUCUGUAUGUCAACAAUGAAGCUCUCAUUAACUUUGGUUUAGGGAAACGAAAUACAGCCGUCUUUUUGAUGGCUAAAACAUUGAAGUCUAAGCCAAAUCCCGAAACGCUUUACAAUUUAGCAAUUUUUCAUUUAUUUACGGGAAAUCCUGACAGUGCUUUCGAUAUAUUAUACACUUUGGCACCACUUUAUCGCAAGAAUCCUCAACUCUGGCUUCGAUUAGCUGAAAGUCGUCUCCAAAAGUAUCGUAAUCUAAGAAAGUCUGUGAUUAUUGAUAAUAAAACAGACUUUGAUUUGUGUCGUCGUAAACACGAUGUCGUGAAUGAACAUAUCGGUGAAGGUAUUCAUCGCAAACUAAUAUUAAGCAGUAGUUCUCAAGCGGUUAACAGUGAUUCAGAAGCGCUUUGCUUUUGCCGUUCAUCGUUAACCAAUGCGUUGACAUUAAUUAAUUUUCCGAACGAACGAAACUUUUUGCCAUCGAAUCCACCGACAGAUUCUGAGUUAAAUCGUCUGAAGAUAUCCAUUCUGUUGUGCUUAUCGUAUGUCAAUCUAACACUUUAUGACUAUUCGUUGGCCGCACAGCACGCCAACGAUGCAUUGAAAUUGUCGCCAUUGGGCUAUCAGAAAGUGUUGGCACACUUGUAUGCCGGCGAAGCACUCAUCUAUUUGGACCAAAUAAGUGAAGCUAUCGGUCAUUUCAAUCCUGAAUUAUUUGUUAAUCAGUCUAAUACUUUGACAAAUAAUAAUAACUAUAAUAAUAAUAAUAACAAUAACAGUAAUAAUACAACAAAUAAUAACACCGAAGUCGACAAAAUAUACACUCCUCAGUGGUUUAGUGGGACAUCAGGAAAGGCGGUUCUUUUAUACAACCUGUCGAUUGCAUAUACUCUUCGUGGAGAGUAUGACAAAGCUAGUGAAACGUUACGACAAGUGGGACAGGUGUCGGACCAAAACAUUACGGGACAGGUAUUCAUGUUAGCCGUAUAUCUUCAGUUACAACAGGGAAACGUUGAUUGCGCCAAAACUUUAAUCAAAUCACAGCUUCCGCAAUACCGAUGA